CGGGCGAGUUGAGGAUCCUUCUGAACCCCAAACCCACUGACUUCAGCCCCUCUAGCCUCUUCCCUACAAAUUAAAGACCCCGGCGGCCUCCUCGUUUUCUUUCCAAAACGACCAAGGAUCAAAAACCACUGAACACUCGUAACCGCAAGUAGGGACGACACUGAUCUAGGGUUAGGGUUCUGGCGAGAGCGAAAUGGGGAGAGGGAAACUACAGUUGAAGCGGAUCGAAGAUAAGAACAGCCGGCAGGUGACAUUCUCCAAGCGACGAAGCGGAUUAAUGAAGAAGGCUCGCGAGCUUUCCGUGCUUUGCGACGUAGAUAUCGGUGUCUUCGUCUUCUCCGGAAAAGGCAAGCUCUAUGAGUUCUGCAGUGGCGACAGUUUGAGCAAAAUCCUGCAGCGCUAUCAAGUUCACAGUGAUGCAGAAGUUGCUGGGGGGAGUGUUCAGGAAUCUGAGAAGCUUCCUGUGGAUCUCCCUAGGAGCAGUAGCCUACUAGAAAUGGUCCAAAGGCAUCUUAAGGAACAAAAUGUUGAGGAGCUAAAGGUGGCAGAGAUUGUUCAACUAGAGCAUCACUUGGAUGCCAUACUACACAAAAUCAGAAUCAGAAAAUCACAAAAAAUGAAGGAAGCUGUAACGGCUCUCUAUGAAAAGAAAAUUGGACCAGGGAAGCAAUUACUAGCAAUAAGCAUCAGGGGAAAAAAAAUGGCAUUUGGGAUUGCUUGGGAUUGCAUGAAAUAUUCUAUUAGAGCAUCGGAGAAGUGAUGCAAGAUAAGUACCAAAAGUCUGACAAGUACCAAGAGAUUCAACACAAGCCUUUACAUUUUCUACAUUAUGUGUAAUAUGUUAUAGGGUAACACUUGCCCACCACUUUGGCACACAUAAUACAUCUUACAAAUAUGAUUCAAUAUCUAAUAAUACAGCAAAAAUUCUGAUUCUGCAAUUUAUUGAAGAGAGUAUAUUUUCAAAAGAUCUUGACAAUGUGAAAAAUCGGAUUCAAUUGUCAACUGCCCCUAUUAGAAAUUGGAUUGACUACAGAUUCAGUUUAAACAUUUUUAAUCCAAAUAGUUUGAAAAAAAAAAAAAGCCACUGAGGUGCCUGAGGAGAGUGGAUGGAGAGAAGUCUGUAGUUAAAAAUAAAAAAUAAAAAAAAAAGGUAGACAAAGAUAGAAGAAACUUUGGAUGAAAACUCUUAGGUAUCCUCAUAGAUUAUAUGGUCAUGAAUAGGGAAGAUUAAUAAGCUAAAUUCGAUGUGAGAUGAUUAAAGAAGAGCUAUAGUCAUGAAUAGGGAUGAUUAAGGCUGGUAACUUUCUGGUUAAAGAAUUGAGAUUUGAGUUUUUAGUUUUGAGUGUAACAAGGUUGUAAUUUGGUAUGCUGUUUUAUGUUCUGUUGAAGACUAAUGGUAUGUUUCAAGUGGAUCAAAUUCAAAGAAAUUUAAGCUAAAAUCACUUCAUUUAGUUGAACAGGAGAUGAACUUUUGCACAAAAAGAAUGCCAGUUUGAUUGCAUAGAUCAAGGUUUUAGUGGAACCAUCAGACAGCCCACAGCAAGAUGGAAAGCCCAUCCUUUGUUGAUUAGUAACAUAUCCAAGUCCUACAAGUGUUUUAAGGAGUUCAUAUGGUGUUUAUAGUUCCUAGGUAACCGGAAUAGACUGUACAAUUGGAAUCUGAAAAUUUCAGGAAGAGAGAGGGGAUUAUAUUAUUAGCAGUUCGCCUUGAUACAAAAUCUAUAGGGGAAAAUUAUGACAAGACCAUGUACAAAUUAUUAUCAUGAUCACAUCACCUUACUCUUACAAACGAGGUUAGGUUAUAGAUUUCUGAUUCUUCAGUCAUCUCCAUUUUCAGUCAUAUAAGAUCAUUAUAUUUCCUAACAGAUUUUGACUCUUAUGUACUCCAUACUGUAAUCGAGGAUAAAGAUCUCUCCUAUUUUAACUCUUAUGUUUAAGGUGAACAUAAUCUGCGAUUAGGUUACUCGUAAUGAAAAUUAUGGCAAUAAUAACCCAAUGUCCCUCACCAUUGGAAUCUGAGGCUGAGAUGAUCAUGUCCAAAUAAUAAAUUUUGUUACUUCAAGAUUAUUCAGGCAUCACUAUUACUACUACUACAAUAACAACCUUAAUAUCCACUAGGUGGGAUUGGAGAACACUAUACCUUUUCUUUCUUUCUUUCUUUCUUUCUUUCCAUAAGAACUUAAAAGUGAAUAGAUUACAAGGAGUGGAAGAGCAGAGCUUCACUAUCCUAGCUCUGCUGUGCAAUUGUCUCUUGAUUCCUACAAGAGCCUGCAAAAGAUUUCCUAUCAAUGUCAUUCCGAUUAUCUGCUACAUAAAUUCCAGAAACAGUUGGAGGAAUAUAAGAUGGGUGGAGAUGGGCAUAUAUUUUGGAUGACUUUGCCCAAGCCGCAAGCAAAUGCGCUGGCUUGGUUCUGCUUCUGAACACUAUACUUUUUAACUGCAUAAGCCUAUUGCACCUCUACUUGCCUCUGUAGGGUUCUUAUCAAACUCUAUGCAUCUCUCGAUUCCGCCUCAUAUCAACUAAAUCUGCUGGUAAGAGAACAAAACUCUCCCUAUACUUUCUGUAUAAACCCCAAAGUAGCAUGCAUUUGAUUGCUUAAACUAUUAAUGGAAGUAGAUUUCCAUUUUUCUUUUUUACACAAGUGGAUGUGAAAACGUGAUCCAUCAACAUUUAAGAGUCACAAAACACCAAGAAAAAAGUUUGAAGUAAGGAAGUGCAUACCUGCAGUAAAAAUUCUUGCACUUUGACUGCAUCAAACUCAAAGUCAAGAACAAUAAAGAAGAAGUUGAUACUUGCAUCUAAGUAGGAGGAGCCAGAUUAGAUGCGUGCGCACACAGACGCCAGGAGUUGUUUUAGGACAUAUAUAUCAAACCAAAACCGAAAUACUCACACUACAUGGUGCAAUAAUACUAGGAAUUUAACCAUGAAACAUGCAUGUUGGUAUAUAUUUAUUUAUCAACUCAUAAAACAAGUACGCGCAUAUCCAUAGACUCUCUAACUUUUGUUUGUU